AUGCCUACCUGGACUCACAUCAAGAUCCCCGAGACUCCUUCUCCGAAUUACGUGGUGGUGAGAAACAUCUCUCCUGAAUCAUCGGAAAAAGCAGUGAAAGAAUUCUUUUUAUUCUGUGGACAGAUCAAGGAAUUUGAACUCACAAAAGAUGAUGACGGUGUGCAACAAGCUGCCCUGAUUAACUUUGAGCGUGACAACGCGGCCAAAACAGCCGUUCUCUUAAGCAAUGCAUUGAUUGACGACAGCCAUAUUACGGUGAACCCUUACUUUGAAAUGAGUCCAGCCGAAGAAGGCGAGAAGAAGGAGGAAACAGAACAGCACGAGCGACAGGAGACCAAACCCAAGUCGCGUAUUGCUGCUGAAAUCUUGGCGAGUGGAUACAUUCUCCAGGACAAUAUUGUCGCCAAAGGGUUGGAAUAUGAUCACAAGUAUAAUCUUUCAUCGCGUCUCACCGGGUACCUAACGACCCUGCAAACGAAUGUGAAGUCGUUUGAUGACAAGUACCGUAUCUGGGAUAAGGCCUUGAAUUUCGAUAACAAGUACAAGAUUCAAGAAAAAGUGCAAAACGCGGCCCAAACCGCUCAAACCAAAGCACAAGCGGCUCUUCAAACCCCCACCGGUCAGAAAGUCCACGAAAUUGCCAAUCAGACCCUCGCACAGAUUGCUGCCGUGCACUACGAAGCCAAGAAGAUUCAGGCAAGUCCAUUUAGUGAAAAACUGGGUGCCUCAUUGAACCAACAGCCGCCUGCCUCUGGUGUGGAAAAUAUCAAGCCUACCGCUUGA